AUGGCGAGCCGCAACAACUCGAUCGCUGCACCUCUACCGGAUUCUGUGGUCAAGAAGCAUGGUGUCAAAACCAUUGAAAGCAAUAAUGCAGUAACUGGCGCUCAUAACCUCACUCUCAAGCAGUCGAUCCUGCCUGUCUGCCUUGUCACCAUCCUCUUCUUCCUAUGGGGCUUCGCUUAUGGACUUCUCGACGUUUUGAACGCUCACUUUCAGACUGCUCUCCAUAUUACCAAGGGUCAGAGCGGUGGUCUCCAGGCUGCUUACUUUGGUGCUUACGCUAUUGGACCUCUCACCUACUCUGGUUGGAUCGUCAGAAGGUUCGGUUACAGAUGGGCCUUCAUCACGGGACUUUGCAUAUACGGUGUUGGUGCUCUGAUGUUCUGGCCAUCUGGUCUUAAGCGUUCCUUUGGCGGAUUCUGCGGAUCCAUGUUCAUCGUCGGAUCCGGUCUGUCAACUCUCGAGACUGCUGCCAAUCCCUUCAUCGCUACCUGUGGUCCUGCAAAGUACUCUGAGUUGCGUCUGACUCUUGCGCAAGCCUUCCAGGCUGUGGGAACCGUUGUCGCCCCUAUCCUGGCCAGUCAUGUCAUCUUCAAGAACGUCGACGACACCUCUCUUCAGUCUGUACAAUAUGUUUAUCUAGGGAUCGCCGUGUUUGUCUUCAUCCUUGCCGUCGUUUUCUUCUUCGCUCCGAUCCCCGAGGUUACCGACGCCGAUAUGGCUGCUCAGGCAGAGUCCAGUGGCGCUCAAACCGCCUACGAAGACAAACCCUUGUCUAAACAGUACACCUUGUUCUUCGGAGUGGCUGCUCAGUUCUGCUACGUCGGAGCACAGUGCGCAUAUGCAGGCUAUUUCAUCAACUACGUCUCUGCCGUUCGUCCUGGAACCAGCCAUGCUACUGGUGCCAACCUUCUUGCUGUUGCCCAGGGAUGUUUCGCCAUCGGCCGCUUCGUCGCGAGUGGUUUGCUCAAGAUCACAAAGCCUCGUCUGGUCCUCAUUGGUUUCCUCUCUGGUGUAGUACUCUUCGCGUGUUUGACCAUGGGUCUCAAGGGCAACGCUGGCAUCGCAUCGAUCUCUCUGGUUUUGUUCUUUGAAUCAUGCGUCUUCCCCCUGAUCUUUGCGCUGGCGAUCAGAGGUCUUGGUCGUCACUCCAAGCGCGGAGCCAGUUUUAUCGUCGCUGCUGUUUCUGGUGGCGCUUUGUUCCCUCCCGUCCUUGGUACUGUCGCCGACCAUAUCGGAACUCAAAAGGCCUUCUUUAUUCCCUUGAUUGGCUUCGUUAUCGCAUGGUGCUUCCCACUUUACCUUAACUUGUUCAAGGCAAAGAGCUUGGAUGGCUGGACUGAGGAGAAGGCUCCAUCAGCUUCUACUGAGAAGGAUGUAGAAAGCAUCAUUGAUGUAGAUGACGAGAAGAAGGGUGCCGCCAUUGAGCACCAAGAGGUUAGAGCUUAG